GCGGGCACGUCGGCGCGCGGGGUGGGUGUGACGCAGUUGCCCAUGGUAACCCCGGGCCGCGCCGAGGAUGGGUUUACUGUCAAUCCUACGCAAACUAAAAAGCACCCCAGACCAGGAGGUGAGAAUCCUCCUCUUGGGACUGGAUAAUGCAGGCAAGACCACACUCCUGAAACAGCUGGCAUCAGAGGACAUCAGCCACAUCACCCCAACACAGGGCUUCAACAUCAAAAGUGUACAGUCUCAAGGCUUCAAACUGAAUGUAUGGGACAUAGGUGGACAGAGGAAGAUCAGACCAUACUGGAGGAACUAUUUUGAAAACACUGAUAUCCUUAUCUAUGUCAUUGACAGUGCAGAUAGGAAGAGGUUUGAAGAAACAGGUCAGGAGCUUGCUGAGCUUUUGGAUGAAGAAAAGCUUAGUGGAGUCCCGGUGCUCAUAUUUGCUAACAAGCAAGAUUUGCUGACUGCUGCCCCUGCUUCGGAGAUUGCCGAGGGACUGAACCUACACACAAUCCGGGACAGAGUCUGGCAGAUCCAGUCUUGUUCAGCUCUUUCGGGAGAGGGAGUACAGGACGGCAUGAACUGGGUGUGCAAAAAUGUCAGUGCUAAGAAGAAGUAAAGCGUUCUGAGCUGCAUGGAAAUGGAGGAGCGGUGGGAGCAGAAUUCUAGCCUGAAAACACUAAUUUGCUGCUUUCUGACCAAAUGUUUUUCCAUCUGUGCACAGCUACAGCUGUUAAAAAAAAAAAAAAAGAGAAAAAAGGGAGCAACAUCGGUUUAAACCUACUGCUGGAUUUGGAACUUGACCUGCUAUUUAGUAUAAUUUUUUUUAUCCCAAUAAAGGAAUUACAUAUUUCCUCCUUAUGCUUAAAUAGUAUUAAAUGUCUGAUUAGCAAGCAAGUUUGUAAGCAGAAGCAAGACGGAUUCAGUGUGGAGCAGAGGGAGUGGUGAGUUACAGUAGUGGCUUAGAUGCAUAGGAGCUGCCCUAAUAUGCGUAGUUGCUGAGGACAGGCUCGGGCGUCAGUCACAGCUUCCCCUCAGUGACAGAUAAAAUGCAGUUGUGUUACCAGUUGUGGGUAGAUUCUUAAAAUAAAGCUGCUAAGGAGUCAUUUGUGUAACAAGGGUAGAAGACUUCCACAUAUUCCUAUAGCCAUAAAAGAAGAGUUUGAUGAUAACGAGGCACUGUUGCAUUGCGACACCGCUGUAGAAGGGAGAGAAGGGUUAUAUGUGUAUAAUUGAAGCUCUUUACAGUUGGCAUAAUGCAGGAUGAGUGUGCCUAGGGCUUUUCUCGCAGCUGAAGGAGAAUUUAGCCCAGCAUUUCACCUUGAGCCAGCAAAAUCGUUGUUCCUCUGUUCAAUAAGUUCCAUAUGUGAGAUUAGUCUUGAUGUUGAACAAUCCCUGUUGAUUUUCCCUUGAUGUUAAGGCAACUCUGCAGGAAAAUGCAAUUAAGUCCAUGAUUACUUUCUAGAAUGAGA